AUGUCGCUACAGAGCUGGCUACCCUUCUCGAUUGACACGACGUGCCCCAUAGCAGUCCCGAGCAAAGCUCCUCUGGAAGAAGCUUGGCCUGUUUCCAAUGUUACCGACACUCUGACAAGCUCCCGCUAUAUCGAAACGCUCUUCCUGCCAGAGACUCUCUCUCCUUUGAGUCAGCUCGCGGAUGAUCUAGCUCCUAUCGGUCCCAACCGGAUCAGUGAGAUCGCGACCCUGCUGCUCUCACUCGCGGACAUCGAGCACCGCCAUCGCAAGGUCUUUGCGCCACUCAUCGGCGUUCUGACCAGCGCGCAUACGAAAGAUGUCCGGGAGGCAAAGCUGCAAGAGGCGACGGUGGGAAUGAAAUCGCACGAGUCGCUGGUGUUGACCGCGGCGGUGGGGUUGAGGCAGGGGUGCAGACAGGUCGUCGAAGGGGAUGGGAUCGUCAAUCCGCGGAAGCUGGUGGAAGAGCUGGAGCGUAGAGAAACUCUGAUUCAGAUCAUUCUCUUGUUCUUUUACCUCCCACAUGCCCCUCCGCCACCCAAGAAGCGCAAACGGCGGCGGGAUGAAGAACCGACGAUAUCGCCCGAGGCGCAGCCAAAGGAAGCGCUGGAGCUCCUCUUUGACAGACUGGGGGUCUGGCAGGCGGUAGCCGAGCUCAGCGUGUCGACAGGCGAAGUGGGCGAGAUGCUCAAUGGAUUCUGGAACGGAGUCAUCCGCAAACAUUUUCUCCCUACCCAGUCAGAGCUUUGCCGAUCGUUCCACCUCAAAGUCUUUGGCGGGCCAUACGACGAGCCGUCGACCAAGAAGCCGCGCAAGCCCAAGCUCACGCGUGCCCGUCCUUCCUCGGACGCACCCUUGCCCACUCGCCGACCAUCCGGAUCCAUCCCGCCGGAAGAGAACGAGCUGAUGCGCCACUCCAUCUCGCGCACGUCCAACAGCGAGCGUCCACGCUCUCGGUCCGCUUCGAUCGAUCCCCUCGUCCGUACGGAAAGUACCGGGGCGAAAAAGACGCUCAUGCGUGCGCCGAGCGGGAACAGCAUGUUCAAAGGGAGGGAGGUGGGAUUGAUGCGGAGGACGGCGUCGGCGAUACUCAGAAAGGAAAAGGCAGAGUUGCCGCCCCCGCCCGCGCCGAGUCUAGCAAGGAGCGGUCUCCUCGGCCGAAAGAUCAGCGACAAGUCCAAACCGGCAGAAGAGGACAACAACACGCUCGUCUUGGCCACCCCAGCCAAGCCAAAGGGCAUGUUUGCCAAGUAUCAGCCGACGCCGAUACAAGAGGAGACGCCUCGGCCCAGCUGGAUCGGCGAGACGCCACAUGCGAGCCGGACAUCGCACAUUUCGGAUACACCGGCGUCUCGGGUGGCAGCAACGCCAGCAUCUCGCGUCGCGGACGCGCCUGCCACAUUUGCUGCCCGAGGCGUACCGGUCGAGGAUGGCAUCAUGGAAGACUGGGAGAAUGAGAGCGAUGAUCCGCUGGCGGAGCUGAUGGUGAUGACGGAUGAGGAGGACGAGGAUGACAGGGGUGGACGCGUGACGGAUACUCCAGCUCGAUAG